AUGGAAGCCCGCGAACAACCCAUGGAACCCUACCCCCUUUGGGACGACUUCAAUAUUGACAUCGUCGUCAAAGUAUUUGCGCAUACCGCACUCAGCCCGUUCUUUGUAUUCUUCAUCCCCGUGUUCUACUUCUUCCAGGGUUUCAGACUCGAAGCGCCCCGCGUGUGGAUGCCUGCGGCGUAUUGCGUCGCGUUAUCGCUUUUCUGGUUCCUUAAGUGGUAUUCUCGCCUCUACCGUAACCAAGGUAGCUUGCUCUUCGGCCCUGCUCCGCUCGACUGGGGUGAGCAGAUCAUCGUGGUGACGGGAGGUUCCUCCGGCGUUGGCGAGCUUGUGGCGAACACUCUCGCCGUUCGCAACGUCACCGUGGUUGUGUUGGACGUCAAGCCCAUUGUGACUGAGAAUUACAACAUCGUGUACUACAAGUGCGAUGUAUCGAAAUGGGAAGAGGUGGAAGCUGUUCACAAGCAGAUUGUCGAGGAGCUCGGCCAUCCUACAAUCUUGAUCAAUAAUGCGGGAGUUGUCCAGGGCAAGCUCAUCUUGGACCUUACACCUGAGGAUGUUAAGCAGACUUUUGAGGUCAACACCAUCGCUCACUUCAACACUUUGAGAGCAUUCUUGCCGAACAUGAUCAAGGAGAAGACCGGUCACAUUAUCACCAUGUCCUCCGUCCUCGGCCUCGCUGGUGCCGCACAAGUCUCGGAUUACGCAGCGUCGAAGGCAGCCCUCAUUGCACUGAACGACUCCCUCCGUUACGAACUCGACAAGCACUACGCUGCUCCCGGCGUUCGGACCACUCUCUUCGUCCCCGGUCACAUCCUGACCCCGAUGUUCUCGCGGGCGAACUAUCCGUCGGGAAGGCUAUAUCAGUUCUUCUUCCCUUCGUUGCAUCCGGUCGAGGUCGCCAAGGCUGUCAUACGCGCCAUUGACGAUCAGCACUCUCAAACCGUCUACAUGCCGUUCUUCGCAAAUUUCGCGCCGUUCUUGCGCUCGUUACCGAGCUUCUUGCGCGACUUUGCGCAAUGGGUAACGCAUGCGGACUACACCAUGAAGGGCUUCGAGAAGGUUUCUGGGCGACGAGCUGAUGAGCAGUUAACACCAUCAUCACCUACUGAGAAGUCGCUUGAUUCUAAGGAGAAGUAG